AUGACAGACGCCGAGAAGCUUGAGCCUCCCAAGGGUGCUCCCGUCGAGGACCCCGGAGCCCGCGAACUUGCUGAGGAGUCCGAGUCCGAUGACCAGUUUACGGAUGCUGCAUCUGGUUCCGGAAGCCCCAAGAUUAGUUCACCAAUUCCCAAAACCCGGGUCGAGAAGGUCGACGACCAACCUUCGCACGGCGAGGUUCCCGGAACUCAAGCGUACGACUUGCGAGGACAAGAUGCUCAGCCUGACGAGAUCGCAAUUGUACCUGAAACAGCCACAUCCGAUGAUGCCGUCUCAACCCCCGAAGUUAACCCUCCCACAACCGUCGUAGAGGAGGCACCAGGGACCAGAAGCCGAUCGUACUCUGUCCAGUACGAGGAGAAGCGCAAGGCGGAUGCUUCCCCAGAUAUUCUCGUGGAUUCUGAUGGGCAGGUCAAGGAGAUUCAGGGCGAGAGCACAAAUGUGGAAAGCAAUUCUGACAAUUCAACACCCUCCCCCGAUCCUACAAACACGAAGUUACAAGAUGAACCUUCCGAAGAGCCUGGCGCUCUAGCUGCUCCCUUGCAAAAUGGUGACAGUGACGGUGAUAUCGGAAAUGACGACAUGGAACAAGAUGAUGACGAUAACGAAGCCAAUGACGAUGAUGAGUUUGGUGACGACUUUGACGACUUUGAAGAGGGUAAUGAGGAUGACGAUUUCGACGACUUUGAGGAUGGAUUCCAGGAAGCAGAAACUCCAGCGCCUGUUGCUGCUUCGCAACCCACGCCGCAAUCUACAUUGCCAUUUCCCAUACCCGACUUUGACGGCGUCGAUGCAGAAGGGGUCAUGAAUGCAUUGGAGCCCUUCCUCGCUACGCUAUUCCCCCCGGAAGAGCUCGACCUCCCCCAAUUCCCUCCUCUAUCAAAAGACUCCGUGUUCUUUACGCCACGAUCAGCAUCUCUUUGGUCUCAACUCGUUGCGCCCCCGCCCCUAGCCCCUCCCGACUGGAUCCGCUCUCGUACACGCCGCCUUUUCCUCGUCUCGUUGGGUGUCCCGGUUGAUCUGGAUGAGAUUCUGCCCGCCUCCAAGCAAAAGAAGCUUGUUCUCCCCUCACUGAAUGUUCCUGGACUCUCCCCUCGAAAUUCUACAGAUUCCAGAUCUGUCUCACGGUUACGGCAGGGCGAGGGCAACAACUCAUCUACGUCAGUUGAUACCCAAGGAAAGCCUUCUGCAUCGUCAAGGAAGCGUCGUGGGCCACCGCCGCAGCCAGAGCUGGAUCUCGUGGCUGCUCGUUACCUUUGCCAAACUACGGACGAAGCUCUUGAUGGUAUGACAGAUAACGAACUCAAAGCUCACAUCGCCAAGCUGGAAGGCUUAGAGGAAGCGGCGAAAGAGGCGCUGGAGUAUUGGAAAAAGAGGACAGACGAAAAGAUUGGCGACAGGGAAGCGUUCGAAGGGGUUAUAGAAAACUUGGUCAAGCACGCGCGCAAAGUUCGCAAAUAG